AUGGCCGAGACUGUUCCUAUUCCUGAGCCUCCUGGGCUGCCGCUGCUGGGGAACCUGGGCGAAUUCUCUCAAAAUCCCAUUAGCGACAUUAUACGCCUUGCGGACACAUAUGGCGAAAUCUACAGGCUUCACAUGGGCACCCGUCCCGCCGUCUUCGUCAGCACUCAGGCCCUCGUCAACGAAUGCUGCGACGAGAAGCGCUUCCAAAAGUCUCUGAGCUCUGUCCUGCGAAUCGUGCGUGAGGGCGUCCACGAUGGCUUGUUCACAGCUCACUCCGAUGAGCCAAACUGGGGCAAGGCGCACCGUAUCCUGACGCCCGCCUUUGGGCCGCUCCCCAUCCGCGACAUGUUCGACGAGAUGCACGACAUCAGCUCCCAGCUGGCCCUCAAGAUGGCCCGCCACGGCCCUCACGAGCCCAUCCACGUGUCCGACGAGUUCACCAAGCUGGCCCUCGACACCAUUGCCCUGUGCUCCAUGAACUACCGCUUCAACUCGUACUACCAGGAGAAGAUGCACCCCUUCGUCCAGGCCAUGAGCGACUUCCUGGCCGAGUGCAGCAGGCGGAACAGGCGGCCCGGCUUUGCCCCCAACUUCCUGUACCGUGCUGCCAACGAAAAGUUCUUCAACGACAUCGCCAUCAUGCGAGACACCGCCAACGCCGUCGUGGAGGCUCGCAAGAAGAACCCGUCCGACCGCAAGGAUCUGCUCGGCGCCAUGCUCAACGCCACAGACCCCCUGACCGGCGAGAAGCUGAGCGAUGCCAACAUCACCGACCAGCUCAUUACCUUUUUGAUUGCGGGCCACGAGACGACAUCGGGCAUGAUGUCGUUUGCCUUUUACCAUCUCUUGAAGAACCCAGAUGCCUAUCGAAAAGUCCAAGAGGAGGUUGAUCAAGUGCUUGGCCGUGGGCCAGCCAAGGUCGACCAUGUGUCCAAGCUCACAUACAUCCAGGCAGUUCUGAGAGAAACUCUACGUGUCACCGCCGCAAUCCCCGCCUUCUCUGUCGAGGCUAUCGAAGACACCAUCAUUGGAGGAAAGUAUCUCGUCCACAAGGGCGAGCCCAUCAGUCUCGUUCUCGCCAAGUCACACCUUGACCCUCUCGUCUUUGGAGAGGAUGCCAAUGAGUUCAAGCCAGAGCGCAUGCUCGAUGCAGAGUUUGCCCGGCUCAAUAGGGACUUCCCCAACUGCUGGAAGCCGUUCGGCAAUGGCAAGCGUGGCUGCAUAGGAAGAGGCUUUGCUUGGAACGAGGCCGUCAUCGCCAUGGCUAUCCUCUUCCAAAACUUCAACUUCACGCUCGACGACCCCAACUACCAGCUGGAGGUUGCUGCAUCCUUGACGAUCAAGCCAAAGGACUUUUUCAUGCGAGCCCAGCUUCGGCAUGGAAUGACUGCCACGGAGCUCGAGCAGAGGCUAGUCGGCAAGGGCGUCCCUGAGGAGCAUCAUCGUGCGGACAAGAAGGGGGUGGCCGAAGCGAGUAGCAAGGGCUCUCAGAAGCCCCUGGCUGUUUACUACGGCUCCAACAGCGGUACCUGCGAGGCGCUGGCUCAACGAGUGGCGACGGAUGCAAACAGCCACGGAUUCAAGGUCACCGACCUUGCUCCCCUGGACACUGCCCACCAGAACCUUCCCAAGGACCGUCCGGUCGUCAUCGUCACGGCCUCGUAUGAGGGUCUGCCGCCUUCCAACGCGACUCACUUCGUCAACUGGAUCGAGAACCUCAAGGACAACGAGCUCGAUGGCGUCUCGUAUGCCGUCUUUGGCUGUGGCCACCACGAUUGGGUCCAGACGUUCCACCGCAUUCCCAAGCUCGUGGACUCGACUCUGGAGCAGCACGGCGCCUCCCGCCUCAUUCCCCUGGCCACCACGGAUGCCGCUGACAGUGACAUGUUUAGCGAUUUCGAGACGUGGGAGGAUGAAGCGCUCUGGCCUGCUCUCAAGGAAAAGUAUGGAGCCGCGGCAGGCUCUUCUGAGGGCUCGGCCGGUGGCUUCAUCGUCGACGUAUCGCUUCCUCGCAAGUCAACGCUGCGCCAGGAUGUCGAGGAGGCACUCGUCACCGAUGCCAAAACUCUGACGACGAGCGGGCCUGCCAAGAGACACAUCGAGAUCCGCUUGCCCACGGGCAUGACCUACCGAUCCGGGGACUACCUCGCUGUGCUCCCUUUCAACCCGCCAGACACAGUAGCCCGAGUAUUCCGUCGCUUCCAGCUUUCCUGGGAUGCAGUCUUGACUAUCCAUUCGGAUCAGCCGACUACCCUUCCGACGGAGACGCCUAUCUCUGCAAACGACGUGCUUAGAGCCUAUGUCGAGCUCAGCCAGCCGGCAACAAAGAGGAAUAUCUCUGUCCUGGCCGAGUCAACUCAGGAUGAGCAGCUCAAGGCUCAGCUCGAGAAACUGUCCGGAGACGAUUACCAGCAGGAGAUUGGCGCGAAGCGCGUUUCCGUCAUCGACUUGCUGGAGAGGUUCCCGUCUUUGAACCUGCCUCUGGACUCGUAUUUGGCCAUGCUGCCACCCAUGCGUGUCCGCCAGUACUCCAUCUCCUCCUCUCCCCUGGCCGAUCCCUCCAAAUUGACUCUCACCUACUCUGUCCUCGAACAGCCCGCACUGUCGGGCCAGGGCUCUCACUUUGGAGUGGCCACUCACUUCCUGGCCUCUCUCAGCGCUGGUGAGAAGCUCCACGUGGCCGUUCGCCAGUCCAAGGCGUUCCACCUCCCCAGCGACGCCGAGAACACGCCCCUCAUCUUCAUCGGCACAGGCUCCGGAGUGGCUCCGUUCAGGGGCUUCGUCCAGGAGCGCGCAGCCAUGAUUGCCGCGGGCCGCAAAGUUGCCCCCGCCCUGCUCUUCUACGGAUGCAGGGAGCCCGGCGUCGAUGACCUGUACGCCGACGAGUUCGAGCGAUGGGAGAAGCUAGGCGCCGUCGAGAUGCGCAGGGCCUACUCGCGCACACCAGAGAAGUCGCAGGGCUGCAAGUACGUCCAGCACCGCAUGUCGCACGACCGCGAGGACCUGUACAGGCUGUGGGAUCAGGGCGCAAAGGUGCUAGUCUGCGGCAGCCGCGAUGUCGGCAAGGCGGUCGAGGCUGUUUGCGUGCAGCUCGUGCAGGAGAGGGCUUCUGCCCGGGGGUCCGAGGUCACGGAGGAGAAGGCCAGGGCGUGGUGGGACAAGCAGCGCAACGAGCGGUAUGUCACGGAUGUGUUUGACUAG